AAAUUGGAAGAAGCAGACAGAGAGAGCGAGAGAGAGAGAGAGAGAGAGAGAGACAGAGAGAGAGGUUUUUCAGUGACUUUUUCGGAUUUGAUUCAGCAGCUAAAAGGAUUGGAAAAAAGAGAUAUACGAUACAAUACACAGACAUGGCAACGACGUCGGAUUCUCCGCUUACCGACUCUGACUCCGACUCCGAGUCCAAUCCAAACCCUAGCCCUAACCCAAACCCAAACUCAAACACAAACUCCAACCCUAACCCUUCCAAUGCAUUGGUUCCUACGCCUACCUCUGGUCCUGCCGUCUGUCUUCUCAGGUUCGCUGGCGAUUCCGCCGCCGGCGGUUUCAUGGGCUCCAUUUUCGGCUAUGGUGCGGGGCUGGUAAAGAAAAAGGGUUUUAAAGGAUCAUUUGCAGAGGCUGGAUCCUCUGCCAAGACGUUUGCAGUUUUAUCUGGAGUGCACAGUUUGGUUGUGUGCAUCUUGAAGAGGCUUCGAGGAAAGGAUGAUGUUAUUAAUGCAGGAGUAGCUGGAUGUUGCACUGGUCUGGCUCUCAGUUUUCCAGGUGCACCCCAGGCUCUUCUACAGAGCUGCGUCACUUUUGGAGCAUUCUCAUUUAUCAUUGAAGGCCUUAACAAGCAGCAGCCAGCUCUGGCACAAUCGCUUUCCACAAGAAAUAGAAGUGAGCAACUUAAUUCUCAUUUACGUCCUUCCUUUGCUCUUCCUCUGCAGCUCCCUCUUCCGGCUGAACUAAAAGGGGCAUUCUCUUCAUUUCGCGAGUCCUUGAAGAAACAGAACAAGGGUGCUUUUCCCACAGCCUUCUAGAAGAUUGUCUAUGCUUUUGUCUUUUUUCCAUCUUCUUUUAAUGUACUUUCUUUGGAUUGGUAAAGACAGUCUGUAAAUUUUUUAGUUGAAAUGGCUCUCGCUGGUUGAAUUCUCGCUUGUUAUAACAUUUUUGGUGAAGACGGGCCAUUAUCAGUAAGACAA